UCCUCAAGCACUUUCCCCGCCCCCUCCUCUUUCUCUUCAGUCCGUUCCCCCUCCUCUCCCAGCGACUCCGCAGGUUCAAACUCUUCUCCCGGAGAGUGGUGGCGAUCGCGCAGUCACGUGAUGAGCAUCCUGCUGCCCAACAUGGCGGAGUUCGACACCAUCUCGGAAUUGGAGGAAGAAGAGGAGGCAGCAACAUCGUCGUCGUCUCCGUCGUCGUCUCCGUCGUCGUCGUCAUCGUCGUCUGUAUCUGGGCCCGAUGAGGACGAGGAAGAUGAGGAGGAGGAAGAGGAGGAUGAAGAGGAGGAGGACGAGGAAGAAGAGGAGGAGGAGGUGCCGCCCCCGCCUCGGGUAGUGAGUGAGGAGCAUCUGCGGAGAUAUGCCCCAGACCCUGUGUUGGUGCGCGGCGCCGGCCACAUCACUGUGUUUGGAUUGAGCAACAAGUUUGAUACAGAAUUUCCGUCAGUUCUGACAGGGAAGGUGGCUCCAGAAGAAUUUAAGACCAGCAUUGGCCGUGUGAACUCAUGCUUGAAAAAGGCUCUCCCUGUCAAUGUGAAAUGGCUGCUGUGUGGAUGUCUCUGCUGCUGCUGUACCCUGGGGUGCAGCCUGUGGCCUGUUAUUUGUCUCAACAAAAGAGUGUACACCUUUGGCUCUGAAGCCAAGCAGGACCAGCAAUCCUCAAAGACCAGAAGAUCGAUUCAGAAGUUACUAGAAUGGGAAAAUAACAGAUUAUACCACAAGCUUGCUCUGCACUGGAAGUUGACUAAAAGGAAAUGUGAGACUAGCAAUAUGAUGGAGUAUGUAAUACUAAUCGAAUUCUUACCAAAAUACCCCAUAUUCCGACCUGACUGAGGAGUUUCCUUCAGUCUCUUCUGUGUUAUCUGUCAUUUCCUACCCUUAGUGCCUUGUAGAGGAUCUUGGAAUGGAGACAGUCUCCUUCGCUGUGUUCAGUUUAUUCUUUACAACAGUAGACUAUUCUUCUCACUCUUUGAGUUGUGUUAAUUUAAGAAAAUUUGCACAUCUUUUUUUUGUUAUUAAAUGAGGCUUGUGUUUUGCACUCUCAAUUUUUAAAUAAAUGCAAACAUAUACCCGUAUUUCUCGUUAACACUCAAAACAUCAGUGCUGGUGUUUAAAGAGACAAAACAAAAACCUUGUUCUGAGCAUGCUGCCUUAUGAUUUUCAUACUCACUGUUUCUAAAUAUGCAUCAUUUUUCUAGGCUAUUUAAUGCUCUGUAAUCCCUUACUGGACACACCCAAAUAAGCUUUUGGUAGCUUUUAGAAAUGGUUUUACUCUGCUCUUAAAGAAAAUGCAAUUAAUAGCACUGGUUUCCUCCUGCACUUUGCUAAAUUGUCACUUAUGUUAGUGGAUAAAAUAUUUAAACUCCUAAAGACUUGUAAAUAUUGUCUCUUUGCAUAAUGUAAAAUGUGGUAUGCCAUGGUUUACAGAAUGUAUUAUUAUUAUCAAUGUAUUGCCAACAAUUCUACAUAGAUUUUAAUACGAAUGAUGUUUGCAAGCAUCCUUUUGAAUGUAGAGACCUUUAACAUGCUGUUUUGUGACAAAGCCAAAAUGAGUAUGUUAAAUUUCAGGUGUGGGGCUGAGUGCCCUUCCUACUAAGUGGAUUAAAAUUGAAAUCAUUACUUCAGCUCUUGGGUAUCACACCUGAGACCAAGAACCUUAUUUUCCAUUUACUUCACUGUUCUCCAUUUCUCUUCCACUCCAUCUCCAUCUUACAGCCUCACUAGUUCUUCUCCUUUCCUUUGUGCAUCCUUUCCCUCCUUUGAAAAUACACAAGAUUUCGGUCUUUAAAUGUCUUCAGAGCUGGACAUAUGCCGUUAAUCCCAGCACUCAGAAGACAGAGGCCAGGGAUAUCUUUGAGUUUAAAGCCAGCCUGGUGUACAGUAUGAGUUCCAGGACAGCCAGGGCUAUACAGAGAAACCCUGUGUCUUAAGAUUUUUGCCUCUUGUAUGAGGUAUCAAGGCCUCCAUGAGAACCAUGGCUUAUCCUCUUCUGAAGUUCCUGUAUUCUACAUUGAGAAAGAGCACAGAGAAGCUCUACCUACAUAGUAGGCUAGUCAGACUUGAGAAAACAGUCUCAACCUUUUGAUUGAGGAUCUUUUUAAAACACUUAUAAAUGGAGGAAAGACAAGUAAAAUUUAGAUAUAAUUGGUUUUAUUUGUAAAUUGGCCAUGUGUUUUGAUUGAUACUUGCAUCUUUCUCUGGUUGUUUUUCAUAAUUAAAUUGAGUGACAUUACUACUUUGGCUCUACUAUAAUUUGAAAUUAUAAUAUAAAUGUUUUUAUAUCACAUUAAUUCAACUGCAAGUGAAUGCCUGUAUAUGGGCAUUGUUUAUAAUUUGCAGUGACUGACAUUCAUUCUAUUCUCUUUGUCCUAUUCUUAACUGCUUUUGAGUAAGCUCAUCUCAGUAAACAGAACAAUCUUAACAAGGUCAAGCCUUUUUAAGGCACUUUUAAGAGUUAUGCCUAAUCUGAAAUCCUUAGUCCUUGAUGGAAAGAGGAAGGACAUCCUGUUUGAUAUGUGGUUCUAAUGGUUUGCACAAAAACUUUUUGAGCCACUCAGCCACCCCAGAUCUCUAAGUUCUAAUAUAUUAUGUAUGCCUGCAAAUAUGUCUGCCUGCUGCACAAUUGAAGGUGUAUUUUUAUAGAUACGAAGGAAGCCUUUGAAAAUGCAUACCCAAUGUCUUGUUUUAUAGCUAAGGUCAGGGAAAAACAUAUCUAUGUCUUAUGUUACAGCUAAUGUCAUCAGAUUUAUGCUUCAUACUGUGAUGUUUUAAUACUACAAUUGAUUUCCAUCAUACUAUAGAAUUUUAAAUUCUCGCUGGUAAAAUAAUUACUUGUGAAUGUCAACCCUCAGCAAUCUUCCAUUUUGUCUGUAGCCUUAGAAUUUGACCAAAUAGUCAUCAUCGUCACGUUUUCUGCCAUGUACAAAUCACACUUCAUUUUGUUCAAAAAAAGAAAAUCAAGAAGUGUGAUGAAUUGUUUCCAUGAAACAAAUAUUAAGACAGGAAUAGAUUGUAUCUGGAAGUGACCAAGUAUAAUUCAAGUUACAAUAGUAUUUGUCAUUUAAAAAUACUUAUCAUUAUAUGUCAAAUCAAUUUGAACUACUCACUAAUAACUGUGUUAUUUCGUUGUUCAGUAGACUGAUUGACAGAUCAUAGUUUCUUGAGAUACCCAGAAAACAAUCCAUUUUCUUGUUUCUUUUCUUUCUUAUGUGACCAAUAGUUUGAGUAGGGAAGAAGUUCCUUUUCCUUGAAAUUAGCCACAGCAAAUGCUGACCUGACAGAGUAGACCAUGAUCACUAAUUCCUCCCUCAGCAAACUUCUUUUCUUUUAACCUCAGGAUAGAAUGUAACUUGUAUUUUUCUAUUGGGUUAGCCAAGUAUUUUGUGAAAGUUAUUUUUGACUGAAAAGAGAAUAAUUUUGUUGAUAUAUAAUAUUCCUUUAUUACCACAUUAGUUUCCAAAGGAAAAAAGUUUUGAAAUAACAUGUUUUUGCCAAAGCUUCUAAAUCUCUGUAGGCUUUAAGAUUUCAAGUUAAAGGGUUUUUUUGUUUUUUGGUUUUUUUUAUUCUGAAAAGCCUGGCAUGGUGGUUUUACACCUCUAAUCCCAGCAUUUAUGGGGCUAAGGCAAGAGAAGUGCUGUGAAUUUGAAGCCAGCCUGAGCUACAAGCUGUCUAAAAAAAAGAAGGAAAGAAAGAAAGAAAGAAAGAAAGAAAGAGAGAAAAGAGAAGGAAGCUAAUUUCUGUUACUUCCCAUUUGAUCCAAGAUUAUGGUUUAAUAAAUUGAUCCAAUUGGUCCAUUUAAAGCUUAUCUAAAAGGCCAGUAGCGUCUAUGUUAUUAAUAAAAAUAAGGGCCAAUGUCACUUACCCUUAUCUUAGACAUGUCCUCUACUUGUUUCCCAUUUUACCCCAUGUUAAUUUAGGAAAAAGAUUAUUGUAACUUUAGAAAUAGAUGGGAAAGUGCCUUGUCUUUUUCAAAGAUAAUGUGGUAUGUAGAAGGAAGCAGAAUAAAUGAAUUAAUAAUGAUUAGAAAUUAUUCUUUUCAACUAGGCAUGAUAGUACUAGAAUAUUAUAUUUCUAUUUAAAUUCAUUUACUUAUUUUCUAAUAAUGUGGUAUAUUAAUGACAAAGUAUCACAGAAUAGAUCGGGCACUUAAAAAUAGUAUGAUUUUAAUGUUAGGAAGCAUAGAAUUUUAACACGGUUCUGGAAGAACAAUGGUCUUUGAGUGAAGACCUUACCAAAACUCCCUUAAGAAACUGUUCCUGUUUCUUGUAUUAACACGCCCUGUAAACACUAGUGUCUCAGAAAUUAAACUGUAUUCAUGCCCAGCAUUGCCAUUUUUAAUGAGAGUUAGUGUUGCCUUUGAUAACUUUAGGAAAGCUCAAUAACAAUUAGGAAUUUUCAAAUGUGUGAGGCCU